AUGUCAUUUCAAGAAAAUCAUCAGAAUGACACAGGUGGUUCCAAGGAAACACCUACGGAGUCUCGAGAAGACACUAUCAAGGUUGCACAAAUUCUUCAUGGCGACAACUGGAAAUCGGUCGAAAAUAUUCUCGAGAGUAUGAGUAUUGAUGAAUCUGACAAGAAAAUCGGGGAAAAUCUAUUUGCUGGUGACAUUCAUGCCUCUGAUGAAGACACCAAGAAGUUUACUGCGGCACGCGAGAGAUAUAACCAUGCUGAUCCAGACGAGAGCUUUGCUUCAAUCCCUGAAUCACACGAGACUGCAAUAAUCACACUCGCACAACUACUUUACCAUGUGGGCUGGAAGUUUACAGAGGCCGCUCUUAAAUGGGCCACUGGUCAAACUAAGUACAAAGGCUUUCCGAUAGAGCGGCUAUCUAAAGGGGGCAGUAUGCUGGCGUCGGGAUACCCAAAAGGACCACAAGGUGACUUUGACAACUCUCCACUCCAUGACCAAGAAUACAAGGCCUUUCUCAAGUGUUGCUUGAGUGAAGGACGAUACAUCGAUGAAGCCGAUUUGGAACUUACAUCGAAAAUUGUGACCGAUUGGGCGGCAAAGGAGAUGCAAUGCGAGCCCACCAUUGUUGACUUCAUCAACUGUGUCAAGAAGGACGAGACAAAGUAG